AAUCCACUUGGUUCUUGACCAUUGAAAUUUUGAAGUUCCAACUACAUAAAAAUGUGGCACGCGGUGGCGAUCUCUCAUUCUCCGCCGUGUUUUGCCGUCGUGCGGGCGGCGGCGAAGAAAAAACCGGCGAAAAAAACCCCACCUUAUCAGGCGCCAAAGAAAACAACAGAACGCCAGAAACCCAUCGAAAGCAAUAACAGUGGGUUUGGCGGGAAGAAGAAAGAUCCAGUGUGGCAGUGCAUACAGAACUGCGGCGCGUGUUGCAAACUCGACAAAGGCCCCUCUUUUCCUUCGCCUGAGGAAGUCUUCGACGAGCCUUCAGACAUUGAGCUGUACAAAAGCUUGGUUGGUGAAGAUGGGUGGUGCAUACACUACGAUAAGAGCUCGAGAAAAUGUUCGAUUUACAACGAGCGUCCGUAUUUUUGUCGGGUUGAGCCGGAAAUUUUUCACACUCUUUACGGGAUUGACCCGAAAAAAUUCAACAAGGAGGCUUGCAGCUGCUGUGUAGACACAAUUAAAGCUGUGCACGGGACAGAAUCGCAAGAGUUGGAAAACUUCAAUAACGCAAUAUGGAGCACCGGUUCAAAUUGACGAAUCUUGCGCGUCCUGUUUUCUAAAAUGAACUAGCUUUUCCAGAAGGCUCUGUUUUGAAGAGACGAGGGUCAUUACCUUAUUAUGGAAUUUCGACAACCUUGGAAAGUCAUCUGAAUAUACAAGUGCGAGAACAAUUGUUGAUAUACGUUUUGUGCACUUGUUUCGACGAGUGUGGGUCGAAGCCAUGUUACAGAUGCUCUCGUUUUAUGACGUCACCUUUGGAAUUGAACAGCCGAACGCAAAAACAGUUGAUGAUUUUCCGAGUUUUAAUUUAGUGGGUUCUUUAUUCUAAAGGUAGUAGUGGUCCUUUUCAUAGCUUUCUUGCUUUCAUUCGUAAAUGUCGAAAUUCCCGACAAGAAAUAAGUUAUUUCAGGGAGAGUUUCGAUUU